CGAUGUUAGUCCAAGCGUCGAGUAUCUUCGUCGGCUUGCAAUGAGUGCUUCAAAUCAAGGAAAUAACUCGAGUUCAAGCUGCUUUCAUCAUGAAUGGAAUUUUUCCUUGACUUUCUGAUUUUAGUUUGCCCUUGUACUUGAGUGAAAAGCCGAUCCCUCUAAUGGACAAGUGCUAAAGAAAACAUAUGACAAGGAGAGCACGACAGACUUUUGAACGAGGAGGGGGGCGUGUAAGAUAUGAACGAAAUUCACCUUACCAAGAGCCACACCAUACCAAAACAAGGGAAAGUGGGGGAGGUCGUUGAAUGUUUUUAUUCUGGCCUUGCUAAUAUCGCGCCACAGCCUUCUCAGUCAGUGUGUGAUCCGGCGGGUAGGCUGGCAGGCAUGCCGGAUAUUUCUUGCGUACGAUAGUUCUUAUUCGGUGCAAAGUAUACCGAGCCCUCGGUAGGCCUUCGCUUCCCUAUUCUCGUUCCUUUUGCUCCCAACCAGCUUACUUACUCUCUCCCCUUCUCCGCCCACUUUAUGCAGGCCUUGUCACACGCAAGACCAAAUCAUUUCGAAGGCUGCAGCUGGAGAAGGCUCAUUUAACUUUGCCCUUUCUACGGCAGCUGUGAAAAAAGAAGGAGAGUGUGGUAUGUGAAUAUGUUUGGCACAGAAACUCAGUCUAAGUGAUUUGAAAAAUACACUUUCAAUCCGAAUCAGCCUUCGUGCCAAGGAACAUUCAGUCGUCUUGCUGUGUUCCACUUCCAAACUUUGAACUCACAACCCUGUAGAACUACAAGUGAAAAAACCAUCAACACCGAGUUACUACUCAAAUCUAGCAACACAAAGCGAGAGAAAUCGAUCAUGUCUGGUUUAACAUCCAGUGCCUUAGCCAAUCUCAAUGAUAGGCUCUCAUUCCCCCAAAUUUGGGUGGAGAGCGUGUGUGAGUCAAGCGAGGACGAAGAGGAGCUUGAUGUCGACAGCAGAGGAUGGAACUCCUUUAUUUAUCAAGCAUCAAACCCCAAAGAUAUCACUGUUUUGGCGCAACAGCUUCCAAUACACCCAAAUAAAGUCAUUCAGAGUCUUUUGGCAUCAUGCUCCACUGAUGUUUCAUACGAGUCAAGUCGAGCUUCAUCCAAAGACAACAGCAGGCAUAACUCUUUUCAACUAAGUUCCAGGAGCUCUAGAGAAGGCUCCUUGGAAGAGCUACUCAAUCAAAAUCCUCAGCAUGUUUUCGACUCUGAGUUUGAAAUUGAAAGGUUGACUAAUCAAGGCUACUACAGUUCUGCGGAACAGGCCUCUUCGAGCCUAGAAGACCCUUUAUCGCAAGCAAAAAAUAAGGGGCAGCUAAAAGAUGGAGAAGGUAAGGAGGGUCCCAAGCAGAGAGGAGAAGAGAAUCCAGUUGACCUUGGACUAUUGGUCAAGACCCUAGACAGCAAAGGCUCUCCUUCCCUUGAGACGCUGGAGUACGACAGUCAUGCCUUCAUUGACAAGCAACAGCGUCAUAAUCAAGGGCAUUCAACACAUCAUGGACAAACGAAAAUGGAAGACCAAUCCAAAAUUUUUGAACAAGACGGAGACUUUCUCACUCCUGUCGGUCGAAGUGUUAAAGAUUGGCUGAAUCAGUUGCAUCUUUGCGGCUUCCCUUACGACAUCAUCAGUAAAUACAGAAGAGACGAUAUUGAUGAGAUGGAAGACGAUAUCUGGUUUCAAGAUGGACUUUUUAGAGUAUUUGAUCCUUACUAUGACAUCUCGAGCGAUGAUAUUGAAUCCGUCGAUGGCAAAACGGAUCAGCAAGGAAUGCCGAAGGGAAAUUGCAUGGUCAAACUCACUAAUGGAGACGAGCUGCUUGCCACCUUCCGAAAUGGAUUUCGACAAGGACGUGGAUCAGUUGAGGGAACGAACCUACUAAAACAUGGUCUCAUCUGGUUGAGAGGCUCUUACAAAGAUAGCGUUUUAAUGGGCGCUGGAGUAGCCGUUUUGGAAGAGCACACCUUGGGAAAUUUGCCGUACAGACUCACUCUGGAAGGCAAUUUCAAUGAUGGAUAUCUGGAGGGUCCUGUGUUUGGCCGGCGACCUGAUCAAAAUUUGGUCUUUGUCGGGCAGUUCUUAAAAGGACUGCCAUAUGGCGUGUGCUGGCUGGGCCAAGAUGGAGAAAGCUGGCUCGUGGGCAAAGUUGACCAAAUGGGACAUUUCACUGGGGACAAUCUGGCUUAUAUUUAUCCUAAUCUGAAGACCGCACUCUUGGGCCAAUUUAAGAAUGGAGUCAUGCUUCGAGCACAAGCGGCCCAACUCGUAGCACUUCAUUUGAAUGAGGCACAUAUCAUGGAGCCAGAAAUGCGAGCCACGAAGGUCACCCCAGCAAUCAGACCCAUAAAUCAAACGCCAAACCCAAUGCAAAUUGACUCAGACAGAGCUGGCAAAAAUGAAGACUCGUUUUAUUCGUUUUGCCCAUCAAACUCCAAUGAAGUUUGUUGCAACUGGCUUUUGUCCGAUCCUUAUGAGUCUGAGACCGUGGAAUGUUUAAAUUCGGCGGUAGAUGGGGCAGGGGAUGGUCUUUUUGCGCGUACAAAUCUACCGCAAGGCACCCUAGUAGCCUUUUAUAAUGGUUUAGUGAUCGGGCUCGAGGAGUCGUAUGCUAAUUCAAAUAUGAAUUACCAAAUCUAUGUGGAUUGGGCCAACACCGAUUCAUCAUCUUUCGUGGACAUCCCACUCGCUUGUAUUGACAAGAACAUGUACUGUGCUAGCUAUGCUCACAAGGCAAAUCACAGUUUCAAGCCUAACUGCACAUAUGCAGCGGUUCGACAUCCCCGAUUUGGCCGAAUUCCAGCCUUGUGUACAUUACGCGCAAUUCAAAAAGGCGAGGAGCUCUUUUCACACUAUAAGUACGAUAUGGCAUUGGCUCCCUGUUGGUAUCAGGAGGCUUGGGAGACCACCUCGUCUUCCCCUAGCUCAUCACAGGGGAACCCAACAGAGCUAACUAACAAUCUCGACACUCAUCCGUCCCAAUAACGAGUCUCUACCUGAAGACGGUGUUUUGUUGAGCGUGAGCGUCGUAUCAGUUUUCCCAACAAUUUCCGUUUCACUUACUGAUUUCAAGAUACAUUCGGUGUAUCAUCGAGGAAAAAGAAGAAGUAUUUAACCUGCCAAGGCUAUUUAUAUGUAACACUGCGUCAUUUCCCAAGCCUAACGUACCCAUUUCGCUUCUGAUCUAAUUCAAAUUCAUUGUCUCAUUUUGAUUUAUUGCCAAUCAUUAUUCAUCCUGACCAAAUAAUCUUAAAGCUCAAUAACAAAACCCUAUUGCAAGUGCAUGCAUGUCCUUUUUUCCUCUACGUCAAGCAAUGGACUUGUGAUGCCAGGUCAGUUGUAUCUUUUUGACACGUGAACAGACAUUGAAAGCUACGCAAUCACGUUCAAGCAUAGCUGGAAAUAAAUCGUUCUUUUUGAA